AUUCGAGCAAGUACAUCAUUCUACUAUUACGGUCCAUCUCUGCUUUACUGUUCGUUAAAACAAACUCAGGGAAUUGUUACUUUUCAGGAAUGAAACUCCUUAUCUUGUUUCUAGUUUGCUUUACGCUAAUUGCUGACGCCUUUUCUCAAUCGGAAAGGCCGUCGAGCAAAGUUAGCAUCAGACCGUCACUUCACCAACGAAAAUCAUCUUUCCUUCAACGAACCAAAUUACGUCAGACCAGUGCAGCACCUUCCGGAAAGAGAGUAGAGUACGUCUAUUGCGAUUCUCGUGCCCCACCCAGCUGCGUGAAAAACGUGAAUGAAACGUUUUGCUUGAAAGAUAACGAUUACCCGGAGAAGGACGUCAAGUACUACAUCGAAUACGACCCGCUGGUACUGAAAAAAUACGCAGACAUUGCAUUCCAGUCGGCGGACAACUUGAUUGAUGGUGUCACUUCGCUGGAAGAAAAACAUUUCGAUUAUUCACUUUACAACGGCAACGCAUUUUCAAAGGGCAACUGGGUCGGUGGUGAAGGAUACAUCUGCCCUAGCGAAGUCCUCUACGUCAGACCCAAACGAGCAUUGAACGCAGACGGAGAAUGGCGCGUUAUUAUCCAAGAUAUCGCCUAUUACACCCAGACUCAUCGCAUUGAAACUUGUUUGUAUCCUGGCGCCUCUUGUCGCGCUAUUGCCCCUUGCCACCGCACUAAAUGCGCCCAAAAGUACGUCUACCAUCGAAUGCUUUCGUACGAUCCUUGCGAUGUCCCCAAAGGUAUUUUUAUCGACAUUUUCAAAUUGCCAUCGGCUUGUUCUUGCCACAUCCCAGCUAAAUUCUAUUAGAAAAAAAAACCAAACCGGUUGAUGGUGGCUGUAGACCGGUCCUAGUAACAAAGUCGAUGAUUUUUAUCUCUUUAACUGUUGCGUGCAAUUUCUUUAUCACCUAUUACCAGAUUUUUAUCUUAUUCCUCAAAACAUUUGAAUUUUAAUAAAACAAAGCUUGUUACAACCAAAGACAAGUUAUACCACAA